AUGGUUGACACCGCGCCGUCGGAGCAAGUACAAGCUCUUCUGCCGCGUACCUUGCUCGAAGAACUGAGCACUAUCUGGUUCCAGCACAUCGCAAAUGAGCAAGAUCUGGUGGUACCUUCUCAAGACACCAUGAUGCAAUGGUUCCGGAAAGAUGAAGCUUUCGAUCAGUUAUGCUCAGCCAAAUUCCGCCGGUCACUUGAGCAGAUCGAGUCUCUCAAGGUCACUGGAGAAGCCAUACUCCAUGCGGUACAGCCAAGCAGCCCGCUGGGGUGGAUCCAGCUUAUCAUCCUUCUUGACCAAAUGUCGCGAAACAUUUUCAGAGGAGACGAGUCCAAGAUUGUCUUCACCGUGUUCGACCCCGUCGCGCAACACAUCGCUCAAGCUGCCACUGCGGCUGGCGUGCACAGGCACCCGCUCGUGAGAUAUCGCAUCGGGCACAGACUGUGGUUUAACAUGCCUUUUAUGCACUCUGAAGACCGUGCGAUGCACCAGGAGGCGGUCGAGCUGAUCGAGAGCAUGGCGAACGACGCUAAGGAUGCUGACAUCCUCCAGAAAGACAUUGAAGAUGGUGCAGGCGAUCACUAUCAAGAGCUGGUGAAGUGCAAGGCCAUUAUGGCGUCGAACAGGGACGCUGCAGUCAAGCUAUGUGAGAGCCAGCUGCAAUUCGAGGUUAGGCACAAGAACAUCAUCGACAAAUUUGGGAGGUAUCCGCACCGCAACGGACCGCUUGGAAGGCAAAUGACGCCGGAUGAACAAGCAUUUCUGGACGGCGGAGGUGACACAUUUGGGGGAUGA